AUGAACACCUCUCGAGCUUCUGCUGCGACCAGGGCUAUCCCCACAGCUCAGACGGAAAUCCACGGCACGAAGAGGAGGUGCGGCGACGGACAGUGUUCAUGGCUCGACAGAGGAACAACGAAGUCAAGUCGGCGGCUCCUGUGUCUCGGCCAAGAUGUGGCUGACCAGAUAACGCCCUUGGAACUCAACAAGUCCCUUAUAAGAGAGGCGAUCGACCUGGGCUUACUAGAGGUCCGAACUGCCGCUAAGGUGGUUGAUGUGGUCAUCGAGGAAGAUGGCAAAGCUGUUACUGGUGUAGUAUUGGAGGACGGCUCCAUCGUCUAUGGCUCAGAGGUUGUUCUAGCGAUGGGAGCGUGGUCUUGUGAGGCGGAGGUUUGUAGCAGUCUGGUGUACAAGGAGACUGGAAUGGCCGCAGUUUCUGACCCACACGCUCUUUUCUGCUCCAAUGACGCCAACGGGUGCCAUCUUGAAGUGUACCCUCGCCCGGAUGGUGACAUCUACAUCUGUGGACUGGGCGGAUCCCCUCAGCUGCGACCCGAUGAUCUCAGAUCUAUUGAUCCGAGUGGAGUACAGCCGGAGGCAAAAAGGGUGGCUGCUGGCCACAAGUCGCUCUCUGCCAUGACAUCUCUAGUCGAUCCUGGUAAAGAGCCCGAUAUCAAGCAGGCCUGCCUUAGGCCGCUACUACCGGAUGCGUUGCCAGCUAUGGGCCGGCUCUGUGAGGGCAUCAACAACCUAUACAUUGUGGCGGGCCAUAACUGUUGGGGUAUUCUCUGGUCCCUGGCUUCGGGAGAGGCAAUGGCUGAGCUUAUCGUUCAUGGCACAUCUGAGCACCUCAGUUUGAGUCCCUUCGAUCCCACUAGAUUCACAUAG